CUCUCUCUCUCUCACACACACACACACACAAACACACGCUCACACACGCAGAGCCGAUCAGUGCAGGCAGCGCAGCGCCUGGUAAUUGUAUUGCUCCCUCCAAGCGGAAGGAAGGAAGGAAGGAAGGACCGAGAGAGAGAGAGUGAAGAAGAAGAAGAAGAAGACGGGAAAAAGAAGAAAAAGAGGAGAGGAGAGAGAGGAGAGAUAUAAAAACUUUGGUUUUUUGUUUUGUUUUUUGAAUUUUUCUUUUUGUUUUUUUGAAUUUUUUUUUUUUUAUUUUUACAAUUUUUUUCCCCCCAUCCCCUCAGUGGAGGUUUCGUUGACAUGAUGAUGACCCGGUAUCGCCGAUGGAUUCGGUAGGACUCCAGUUGUCCGAGUGUUUUUUAAUGCACUCUGAACAAGAGUAGAAUGAACUUAUCGAAGGGGCCAUUGGUGAACAGCAGCAGUGAAGACAACCCCAAGUCAUCUUAUAGUAAAUGCGGCGCUGGCGCCUGGAGGAUGCACCAGAGCUACGAUCCACUGGAGGCCAACCACAUGAGAGACGCACAUGCCCUCUACAACCCCAGGCUUCUCUGCAGAAUGUCCAGUAAGGAGCGCCACCUUGAGUCCAAUUGUCCGUCCUCUUAUAUAAAAACUGAGCCGUCUAGUCCUGCCUCCCUGACUGACAGCCUAAACCACCACUCCCCCGGUGGCUCCAGUGACGCCUCGGGCUCCUAUUCAUCCACCAUGAACGGUCACCCCAACGGCUUAGACUCCCCAAGCCUCUACGGCUCCAACGCCGGGCCCCUGGGUCCCGCCGGCGGCCCUGGAUCAAAGCGUUAUGAGGACUGUUCGUCGACUAUUGGGGAAGAUUCACAGAUUAAGUGCGAGUACAUGUUGAAUUCGAUGCCCAAGAGGCUGUGCCUGGUGUGUGGGGACAUUGCGUCAGGGUACCACUAUGGCGUGGCAUCCUGCGAGGCCUGCAAGGCUUUCUUCAAACGCACCAUCCAAGGCAACAUCGAGUACAGCUGUCCGGCCACCAAUGAGUGUGAGAUCACCAAGAGAAGACGCAAGUCCUGCCAGGCCUGCCGCUUCAUGAAGUGUCUGACUGUGGGGAUGAUGAGGGAAGGUGUUCGGCUGGACAGGGUUCGCGGUGGGAGGCAGAAGUACAAACGUCGGAUAGACGCGGAGAACAGUCCAUACCUGAACCCGCAGCUGGCUCUGCCCCCCAAAAAGCCAUUUGCCUUUGGCUGCCUUGCAGAUAACAAGAUCGUCUCUCACCUUCUGGUGGCUGAGCCGGAGAAGAUUUACGCCAUGCCUGACCCGACAGUACCAGACAGCGACAUCAAGGCCCUGACUACGCUGUGCGACCUGGCUGACAGGGAGCUGGUGGUCAACAUCGGCUGGGCCAAACAUAUCCCAGGUUUCUCCACGCUGUCUUUGGCAGACCAGAUGAGUCUACUGCAGAGCGCAUGGAUGGAGAUCCUGAUCUUGCGCGUCGUGUACCGCUCGCUGUCCUUUGAAGACAAGCUGGUGUACGCCGAGGACUACAUCAUGGACGAGGACCAGUCGAAGCUUGCGGGACUUCUGGACUUGAACAACGCCAUCCUCCAGCUGGUCAAGAAAUACAAGACGAUGAAACUUGAGAAGGAGGAAUUUGUCACUCUCAAGGCCAUCGCUUUGGCUAACUCAGACUCCAUGCACAUUGAGGAUGUGGAUGCAGUGCAGAAGCUCCAGGACGUUCUUCAUGAGGCCCUGCAGGACUACGAGGCUUCGCAGCACCAGGAAGACCCUCGCCGGGCAGGCAAGCUGCUCAUGACCCUCCCCCUGCUCCGCCAGACCUCCACCAAGGCCGUGCAGCACUUCUACAGCAUCAAGCAGGACGGCAAAGUCCCAAUGCACAAACUCUUCCUGGAGCUGCUGGAAGCCAAGGUCUGAGGAUGGGGGGGUUGGAUAGGAUGGAAAGACAGCUAAACACUGGUCUGAACCUCCUGAGCUCCAAAAUGAACUUUGAACAACAACUUUGAUUGACCUCCUGCUCUUUACACACACAGAAACACACACAGAUACAUACAAAGAAAUAUGUCCCUGAGAUAUGUCUGCUGACACAUCCCCCUAUGAACAUACAAGUAUCCUAAACCUCAUGCCUGAAUCCCUAAACCUCCACUCUCCGACAAAGGGGUACUCGCUUGAGCUGUUUUUUUCUUGUUUGUUUUGUUUUUUGGGUUUUUUUGGAGGGAGACUGACUGACAUGACCGCCCUACUACCAAGGAAAGGAGGUAUUUCCUGUAUAAACUACUAACAAUCACUAAAGAGAUAUCAUGGCGAUACUGAACAUUGAUGAUGGCAAGACAAACCGUCGCUUAUGCAUAUAAAAAUGAUUAAGGCGUGAUUAAUGACAAGACGCUUAAUUGUGGACACAUUCAAAAUGAAUGGACAACUCUUCAUUUUAGUUGAGAGAGACUGCAAUCCUGCACUCUGGGCUCCUUUUCCCUAACACUUUCCCUCAACACAGUUUUUUUAAGUCUUCAAGAAGAAAUUGGGGGGGAGGGGUAUGAACAUUAAAAUACUAAUGACAUUUGUUGUCAAUUUACAUGUUGAAAUUGGAUGGAUGGAUGGAUGGAUGGACAGAGAGAGGAAAAAAGAAGAGGAGAUUUGCCCUGCCAAAGGAUGGAACUCAUCCAUUCAAAGGAUGCCAGCAAACUUUACUGUCAUAACCCAAAAUACUUCCUGGUUCUCUGAGCCAGUGGUCUUCAGUUCAGGUCCUCGGGACCCACAGAGCUGCUGCUUUCUGUCCAGCCACGUCGUCAUCUGCAGUGAAUCACAUUCACUCUGCAUCCCAGGUGUAUAAUAAUUCCUGCUUCAAUGGCUGGAACGAAAACCAGCAAAGCUGUGGGAGCUGAGCACCAGGAUUGAAAGCCACUACUCUAAACACUUCCUGGUUCUCCCUGAAUACAGUUCCUGGUUCCCCAUGACUCCCCCACUUCACCUAUAAGUCAAAUAUGAUAUUUGUUGUAUUUGUUGAGGACCAGUGUCCCUGGCCUCCCAAACCUGUCAGUAUUAUCAUAGUAUUGUAAUGAGUGUUUGCACGCCUGACUUGGGCUGAAUAUAGAUGUCUGGACACAGUUUCAAAUAUUCGAACUGCUUGAGGUGCGACUGAUUUAGUAAGCUAGAGCAAAAGUGGAAAUAUUGCUGCUAAAAUGAGCUAACGUAGCAGGUCAGCCUUGAUUAGCUCCGUUAAGGAUUCCUGCUCGGCUACCCGGUGCGUUUGCAAAGGAGGCUCAGUUCACAUCCUGUCUGCUUUAUUAAACCAAACGCUCCUCUCGCAUUUGCUUAUUUAUCUGAAACUUUUUCGGCUACUUAGCGACCCAGGCUUGCAGUUCACCACAAGACCAGCCGGUUAUGGUUCUCAGCUCCGAGUCUAUCAAUGUGCCAUCAAGAUUAAGAUGAAGCCCAUGCCAAUUACCUGCCCAGUCGUAUUUUUUUGAUUCCAAAAACUGCAAAACGUCACUUCAGUACUACCCUUCUUGCUCCGUUGCAUUCAUGUCUUCCAGUUCAUCCCUCGGGUCAGUGUGGAGAUAUUUUUUCUAGUUCAUUCAGGGAGUGAUGGGGGAGCUUCAGUCGCUCAAUGCAAUACGAACCAGACGGAACAGUGUGCUGACAAAACUGACUGAAGAAAUAAGUAUUGUUGCUUUGAAACUCCUUGAUUUUGUUUAUUUCUAACUUGAAAAUAAUAUUAGUGAUGAUAACAAUGCUAAGGCUGUAAAUAAUUACGAUUGUCAUCCUGUAUAUGACAUAAACACGGCUUUGUUUUUGUUAUUAAUAUUGUCUUCUUAAAACUGAAUCAAUCAAUAUGUCUUUCCUUUUUUCUAUCAGCUUGACCACUUUCAGCAAUUAUUAUAUAUAUAUACAUAUAUAUAAAACAAGUAAUAAUGUAUUAACAAAUCUGCGUUUAUCUUAGAAAACUCCGAGCAAUAGUGGUUUUAAAAGGAGAGGGGUGUGCAUAUGGACAAAGUAUGCAAUAUUAACAUUUUGUGCCAGUCUUAAAUUUUGGGAGGAGGGAGGGAGGGGACGGGGGAUUCGAGGAGAAUUGUAGCUUCUCUUUCUCUCUGUGUGAUUUGCCAUAAGCUAUUAGAUAACAGUCAAUAAUUCCUUAGAGACAGUUAAGCAGGAAGACGUGAGGACAAGGAACGUCAGGGUGAGAUGUCACCGUCGCUCUCACAUCAAAACAUGGAAGCCGUUGUGGUCAGUUUUAGGGUUAAAAUCCGGCGAUGCCGUGAGCUGAAUUGUGAAACAUGCAACAUUCAGUUCGCAGUUCCCACAUGGUUCUGAUAUUUGCACCUUUCUCGUGACCAAGCUCUUUUUGCAAUUAAUCUCGGCGUUGUGAAAAGACGACUCUUUGUCUGCAAAAAGCAACAGCUCAUCGUUGUAGCUGCAAGAGAGGCUCCGAAGGAAGCAGCUUUCUCUUUAAAUGAAUUUGUUUCUUUGUCCGCUGUCCGAAGGUGUGUGUUCCAUCAGCCAUGUAGAUGAGUGUGGGGACCAGCAGAAUAACCUGACUCGAUGUAGACCAGCACUGAGGGAAAUAAUGCAAGCAAAAAAAAAAAAAAAACGUCAUCCUAUUCAAACAGCAUGACAUCGACUGCUUUAUAUUAGCUAGCUGUUCUACGUCCUGUCCAUAGACACACUGCUUUACAAUUUCCAAAAAAAAAAAAAAAUCUUUUGUGUUGUGGUGGUAAACGCCGUCAACUCUAUCAUACACCAUCUGAAUACUGCUGAAUGUUGAAAUUUCAAAAACACAACAUGACCAGAAACACCUCAACUUUACGGUAGUGGACAACUGGAUGUCUUUGCUGGCCACUAGUUUUGUAAAUAUCACUGGAAAAUGUGAAUUUAAUAAGCUUGAUUUGACUUGUUACCUAUUACAGUAUUUAAAUGGUGCUAAUAAUAGUGGCUCACAAUCACUUUUGGAGAUUUAAUUCCGAAACUUUUUCCGCUAAAUUACACUUGAGUGUCUAUGGGUAGGAAAUAGAAAAGCAGGUCGAUAGAAAGGCUGACUCAAGACCAUUUAAUUCCAGGAAGUAGCAUUACAAUUUCCAGUUAAGUGAAAGACAUUAACUUCAUUGUUAUACUAAGAAAGCAUACGAUUGAUUGAUCAUGCUUGAACCCGUGAAUACAGUCUAGGGAUUUUUUUUUUUUUUUUUUUUUUUUUUUUUUGAUAUCAUAAUUUAUGUAAUUUCUAAAGCAGAAUAAGAAUGCCAAAACGUGUAAUCUAGAUUAUGGUGUAAUCUAAUAUAAAAUGGCAACUCGUCACAGCUGAAGAGUGCUGCAGUUAAGUCUAGUUAAUCUCCAACAUCACAUCGCUCUGUAUCAAACAUCAGUAUUAUUAGUAAGGGGUAUUUUCUCAGCCUUCUUAAACAUUGUAUAUUGUAAAUUAAACAGAUUAUAAUUCUAACAUAAGACAUUUUAUUGGAAACAAAACCGAAGAAAAAAAAAGAAAAAAAUGUAGUUCAGCCUCUAUGUGUGUUUCAUGUUUGCUGUGCUUUUUUCUAUCAAAAAGAAAACUGUUUCUUUUGUUUUAUGUCUGUUUUUUUUGUUUGUUUGUUUGUUUGUUUGUUUUAAACUCCUCUUUCUUUUUCCUUUUUUCUUCCUUUCCUUUUCUGUUACGUCCUCCGAGGCGAUGCUGUGUACUUUUUCUCGUGGUGGUUCCCGUUCUUGUGCCGUGUGCUUCUUCUUUAGACAACACAGAGUAGAGUAGAGGCCAUGUUGUCUGUCUGUCGGAUCAGUCCGCAGGGGGUCUGGGCACCGGAUUCUCUCACAAUGAACCGAACCGGAUAUAAGGCUCUUCUAGAAACUUACUAGACCACCAGGAUCAAAUUACAGUAUCCAUCUUUACCGAACUAUACAUAAAUAAAUAAAUAUGAAGUAUCUAAAUGAAGAAACACCAUACAAGUAUUUAAAAAGGGAUAAUUUGUGUAACUACUCUUUCUUGUAGAAUAAACAAUAUACUGUAUAUCUUUAGGUUUAAAUAAAGAUGAAAUGAAAAAGGACAUUUGAGUAAUUCAGAACCGUAGGUGACUCUUUUUUGAUAAACUCGCUGUACAUAACCGCCUUCCAUACAGCUCAGCUCAGUCAUUAUCUUUACCAUUUCAGCUGGCAAAAAGGGAAAUUAUGAAGAUGAGUAACGUGUUCUUUUCUUGUAUUGGUUCUACUGUUGUUAUUUUUUUUUCUCUUGCAAUCCAUUUCCAGACACGCAUCUUGCUUUGCAACAGAGUCAACGGAGUGAAAUGAAUUUUAAAGGGGGCACUAAAGUGAGGAGUAAAGGUUUUUCUUGCUCUCUGAUGACUCCUCUGCAAGAUGUGGCCGUAGGAAAGGGAGUGUUAAAGACAAAAAAAAAAAAAAAAAAAAAAAAUCUUCAUAUGUUUCAUUUCAGCCAUUUGUUUUUUCUCUACCAAGCAUUCUUUAAAGUAGAGUGUGUGGAAAAGGUUUCUGCAUUGGCGCCUGAACUAAACCACAGGAUCCAGACAUAAAUUCAAAAAUGUCAUAAUCCUUUAAUAACGAGCAAUUUGUUACAUAGAAUCUGCUCUACAAAUAUCGAAUUGACCGAUCUUAAGGCUCAUCAGCGCACAUACUGAUGCAUACAUUUUCAGCAAGGAAACAUUCAGAUAAAUUAUCAUACAGGUGAUUGGACAUAUUUGUAGGUCGUGUACCCAAAGACAAUGUUGAAUGUCUUAUUCUGAGAGUCGCUGACCUCGAAGUCUUUCUCAUUGUCCGAGAUGCUGGGAUUUCUUAAUCUUAUCAUCUAGUGUACACAGUUAUAAUUUACACAUACAACCUAUUGAGGAAAGGUGCUGUUUUCUUACUGUGUUAUUGUUUCUCUUCUGUUUUCCUGUUUUUAUCUGUUUGUCGGUUGUCAUACCAACCCUGUAAAAUCCUGGACAAUUCAAAGGUGAUGAAAGAUGUUACAAAUCUCCCUGCGUUGAUUAGAGCUGAGUUGAAUUUGGCUAUGCCACAUUUUGUAGCAGAACGAAAACUUGAAACUCCUUUUUUUUUUUUUUUUUAGAGUGAAAUUUUAGUAACUGUUGGUCCUGAUGUGCAAAAAUCAUGUCAGUUUCAUGUAAUAAAUAUCAUAUCUUUAUCAUAUGCUCAAAAUGCAAAAUAAAGAUGAAGUCAUUACGGUGACUUGACCUUGGCAGGAAAUGAAAAUGGUUCACUUUAUUUGGCACCUUAUUGUUUUUCAACCGGAUUGAAUUCACGCCUCACCAGCGAAAUCUGGAAAAUGGCUGCUGUAAAAAUUCCUGCCAAAUGGGCAUUGGCCAUCAAAUGAAAGCAGAGUAGUUGUCUUAUUUCAGUCCAAACACCGAAUCACAAUUCUACCAGCUGCAAUCAUGAAGGAGAUUGUGUGUUUCUUCUUUCAGAAGCUUUGAUGAAACUAGCUGCCGAUAGCCAACAUGCUAUGUAGGUGUAUAGGAAGGAAGUGUUUUCCCCCCCACAAACAUUUUUUUUUUCCUAUUUAAGAAGCAAUAUUAUGAUAACUGUACAGCGAUGAGGCAAGAGUUGCACUUGUUUGUGUUGGGUUAUAGAUCCAAAUGCUGAUGUAUCUAUUGGAGUUACUCUGCAAUUAUCAUUAAACCAUAGAAAUUACACGGUGAGCAAUGUAAUGACGAACCAAACUGCUGUUUUCUCUAAGAGGCAGUGGAAGGACUGAAUGAGUUUUUGCAGAGCCAUUGAUAGAAAGAGUUUGGCCUGGUUGCACUAGGGGCAUCGCGUUAUUCCCCUUCUCUAGAGCUAAGACAUGUUAGCUGCAAACACUGUUGUAUGCAUCAGUGUCCCGCUAGCUAGGAACAGAAUGACGUCUAACUUAGCCAGGGCCACGGAGCCGAAAAGGUCCAUCUACCACAACUGACCCUAAAAACUACUACGGCCAAACUGCGUCUAUCUCCAGCUCUACAGAGUGUUUAGUUAGUUAGUUGUAUUUAAUCCCCAAAUGUAACUGCCACAUGCGCUGCGGCUAGCCCUGCAGUCUCAAUCUGCAAAUAUUAAAAAGAGGAAAAAAAAAAAACAUUUUAAGAGAAAGAGAAAGAUGAGAGGCAUUUGGGAAAAAAAAAGGAUAUUUAACGAAAAAAAGACCCUUGGGUGGUGAAGAAGAGUUGCGGAGGACAGGAGACCCCGUAGUGUUAUUAAAAACAUGUCCGUAGAUUUUAGAUGUGCUUCACAUCAGUAAAUGAAAAAAAAAAAAAGAUAACAAAACAAACAAUUACCUGUAUAUUUUUGUGACGUGUAUCAUACAAGUGUGCUCCGACGAUAAUGUCCAUUUGUGUAAAUGUAUUUAUUUGACAUUGUAUAUAUUGUUCAAUGCAAAAAGAGAGACCUAUGAUUCUGUAACUUAAACUACUAUGGGUUGAAACAUUACAUGUGUUACUCCAGACUAUGCCUUUCAGGAUUAUUACAGUAGAGCAAUAUCAAUUAAAACCAGGCUUCCAGUUUUGA